AUGUUUGCUUUCUUUAAAGAAAAAAAAGAUAAAGAUAACUCUAUCAAACCAAAUGUUAAACCAAAGAAGAAGCACCCACAAGGAACAAGCAGAUAUACUUUGAGAAAGAGUUUGAAAGAAGGUUUCCUCAAAGGAACUCUUGUCAGAGACUCUGUUAAAUGUCCACCAGGUGAAGUGGAGAACGAUUGGAUUGCAAUUCACACCAUCGAGAUCUAUAAUACGAUGAACCAUUGUUAUGCGUUCGUACAGGAUUACUGCACUGAAGAAGGAUGUCCAAAGAUGAAUGGUAAUAAAGCAACCUAUCUUUGGAGUGAUGGUACAUCAAAGCCACAAGAAUUACCUGCAAGAAAAUAUAUUGAUAAUCUAUCAAAUUGGAUUGGUGAUCAAAUUGAUAAUCCAGAGAUUUUCCCAUUAGAAGAUAAUUAUACAAAAGCAUUUAGACCUGCUGUAAAGAAGAUUUUAAGUAGAAUUCUACGUGUAUAUUCACAUAUUUACUAUCAACAUUGGGCUAAUAUAAAGACGUUGGAAUGUGAUAAACAUAUUAACACAUCAUUAAAAGUAUGUUUAAACAACUAUUACAACUCAGUUGAUCAUUAUAUUUAG